UUGCUACUCAAACUUGCCCGCAGAUGAACUUGAUCACUCCAUCAGCAGUACCUGCAGCUACAGCAGGGUCAGGGGGAUGUGCGUGUGCCACUGCAGCCACAGAGAGGGGUAAUUUUCUCUCCUGCUAGGCAGAGCUUGCAGAAGCAGAUGCUGGGAUGAGGACAUUAAAUGACUUAACACAUGGAAACUUCUGAUUUCCCUCCUCACCUCAUGUCUCUCAGCCUCUCCGUGUGCCAGGAGUGCCAGGAAUACAUCCACUUUUUGCUCUUUGCACAAACAAAGGAGCUUGAUACCCCCAAGGAGCCAGUCAGACCCGGAGAUGGAGCCAGGUGCAAAGCAUUUCCAUCUUUCCUUGAUGAGAAAAAUGAGCUGGGCGUUCCUCCGUGAUCUGCUGAGUGGAGUGAAUAAAUACUCAACAGGAAUUGGAAGAAUUUGGGUAGCUGUUGUGUUCCUGUUCCGCUUACUGGUUUAUGUUGCUGCCGCAGAAAACAUCUGGAAACAUGAACAUGAUGAAUUUGAGUGCAAUAUCAAGCAGCCUGGUUGUGAAAAUGUCUGCUUUGACCAUUUUUUUCCUGUCUCUCACAUCAGAUUUUGGGCUUUGCAAUUAAUCAUGGUCUCCACCCCUUCACUCUUGGUUGUCUUUCAUGUUGCUUACCGAGAGAACAGAGAAAAACAUCACAACCAGAAACUUUACAAAAAUCCUGGAAAGAUAGAUGGUGGAUUACUGUGCACUUACCUAAUCAGCCUCAUUUUAAAAACAGGACUUGAAAUAUUUUUUCUUGUUCUGUUCUAUAAAUUGUACAAUGGAUUCAAAAUACCACGUCUUGUGAAAUGUGACAUAAAACCAUGUCCCAAUACUGUAGACUGUUAUAUUUCCAAACCCACAGAGAAGAUGAUUUUCCUUUAUUUUCUGGUGGCAACUUCAUGCCUGUGCAUUGUAUUAAAUCUAAGUGAACUGAGUUAUCUGAUGUUCAAAUACUCCAUAAAAUGUUAUCUGAAGAACCAGCAAGGCUCAAAAAGCAAUUGCUGCAAAUCAGAACUCAUCAGGCACAACAGAGCAGCAGCUGCAGGACGACUCCACAACAGCUCAUCAUCUUUGCCUCUGAAUAUGCAAGAUGAACAUGAAAAACAUUCCCCGCUGACUUGAAAGAAGGCUGGAGACCACCCUCCCAUUACACAAGCUGUUUUUGACAAAUUGCUUUUCCAAUCAGUGCUUUGCAGAACCAUCCUUUGAAAGGAUAGUUACAUAGGAAAUGCUGUUUCUCUGCUAGUUCCCCAUUACUUGAGCUGAUAAAUUUGGUUACAUUAUGUAUGUAGUACAUAGAAUCAUUGAGACCUUUUCAUGUUGAAAAAAGAAAUGUAGAAGUUCUGAGAAGUCCAUGAAGCUUUAAUAUAAACACAGAUGCUUAUGAUAAAUCAUGCUGAAACAAUUCCUCAAACAGUCGUGUACUGCAUAUUACACAGAAUUGCUUUGGUACAAGAAAAAAUAGGCUUUUUAUAUGCAGAGAUAGGAAGAACCUGGGAUUGAUUAAGAUGAACAGCAAGGGAUGUACAGGAUUUUUCAGGGGGGUGGAUCAGACCUGGUAACUGCUGAAAUGGCAAUGGGAAAGUGCUAGCAUAGAGUGAUUGCUGUGCCUUGAAGUGAGCCGGAUAGUCGUGAGUCCAUUCCAUUGUACUAUAAAACAUCUCAAAAAAAGGAAGAAUCAAGAAGAGGUAGACACAUCUAGUUUAGCCCAUAUGAUAAAGAUAGAUUUGGUUAUUUAGCUGUUUGUGGAGCACCUCCUUCUGGAAUUGAGCCUUUACAGAUAGUAGGGUGUUAAUCAUCAAAAAGCAUCCUUUAAGAAAGGCACUUGGUCAAACAAACGUUUCCAAGCAGCAUGUACCAAGAUAUAGAGUUAACUCCUGGUCAACUGCACCAAGCAGCUCCGAUGUCAUUAGACUUGUCUUCUGCUCUGUCGUAGCAGCAUUUAAGUGAACAGAUCAUUCCCACUUCCCUAGGAUCUGGAUAGAGAAAUGCAGACCACACAAUUCAGCAGAACAGCAGCCAGUAGUCCCUAGUUUUAUGUAGCCUAGAAUCUGGUCCCUUUAGUAAGGCUGAAAAUAUGCUACUCCUUCAGUAGAUUCCUCUGCUGCAGAAGAACACAUGAAACCUAAAAAUGUGAAAAGCCUCCUGUAGAAACAAAGUAAAAAAGAAUCACCUGUUCCCUCCUCCAAAUUUCAAAGUAUUGCAUAAACACCACACACCUCUGCUCUUUGUUAUCUCUGUUGUUUGGGCUAACAGGAAAGGGAUAGAAAUCAGCUAAGACAUGUCUUCUGUUGACCUAGGCUUCUAGGACAAUGGGAAGAAGUGCCUUAGAAACUUCCUUGAGGGUAGUGUUCUCUUUCUGUUGCUGGAAUGAAAGACCUUUGGACAUACAUCUGAUACUGAGCCUGAUCAAAAUGCACUGUUUAGAGAAAAACACCAACUGAAGUGGAGCUGCCUGAAUGCUGAACUAAUUUUAUUGUUUGUGCCAGAAUAAGGAGGAAGAAACAGUGGCAAAAGCAGGUUAACUUUUUUUUUUUUUUUUUUUUUUUUCUCUGAGGCCCCCUCCAGCCCUGUGGCUUUGGUUACAAAGCAUUACAUUUAAUGAGUAGCAGUCACAGAGCAAAACUUAGCAACUAAUGAACAAGCUAUGCACUUUUGAUGGUGAUUUUCAAGGUAGGGCUUGUUGUUUGUUUUUUUCCCUAAAAUAAACCUACUUUUAUAAAAUAUGGGAAGACAUUUGCUGCUGCUGAAAUCAGCAGCAACAGCAGUCCCUCAUAUACCAGCUUGCCAGCUUGUGGCCAGUUAAGUUUUAAAUCUUAAUGACUGAUGCUGAAUCAGUGCUUAUAUAGAGACAAUGCUUAUACAGAGGCUGCUUUAUACAAUUCAGAACAUUUUCUGCUAAACCUCUACAUACAGAAAUGCAGUUACAAAGUCUUUUCCAGUUCCUGGACGAAACCCACCAAGUGUCUGAAGCAAAACCGCCCAUGAACCCUGUGAAACUGCAACUGCUGCAGCUUAAUUAACUGAGAACAAACCCCAAAAUUAUCUUGGCCCAUCUGGACCCUCAUGCAUCAUUUUAUUAAGAUGAGGGCAACACUAUAAAAUAAAAAAAGUGUUUCUGAAAUAUCUGGGUUUUAAUAACUGCGGACAGAUUUUUAAGAGCACAUUAAUGAAAAAAUAUUUAUUCAUUGUUUUUAAGGUAAGGUUUAUUAGAUAGAAAAUGAAAAGAAGCAAACACAGUUUAGCCAACACAGGUUUCUGAUAAAAUUAGUGCAUUAGCAGCUCUCUAAUAAAAAAGUAUAUUAAGUCAGGGCUUGAAGGGUUUUAGAGACCCUCUAAAGCUCUGUGGCUGGUCAGAGAUUACCACUUAGACCAAAAAUUUUCCCAUCAAACAAGAACUCUUAAUUCUUUGGAAUGGACACUCAAAGUUUUAUUUUUAAUUCUAUCUUCCAACAGCCAAGAAAUUAUAAAUAAAUUCCAAAAUCCACAUUUCGAGUCUUGGAGGAUACUUCAGAUUUGACAAAGCCAGUACCUUACAUGAGAAAUAUUCUGAAAAAUGAUUAUGGACCAACUCCACAUAACCCGACUCACUCGCAGCAAAUUGCCAAAUAGCCUUCACAUCAUGUGCUGCAAAAUCUGAGUGUUUGACAAGGCUACUAAUAACAAGGAAAUGAGCAUCACUUAACCUGAAAGAACAGAAACCAAUUCAUCUGCUUUCUGAACCCUUGCUCUUGGCAACCAUUUGGUCUUUUACUGUCUCCUUCCCUUUCCUCGCCUUUAUAUACCUUUAUUCUCCAGUUUAAGUUUUGCUUAUCCAUGCACCCCUGAAGGCAUUUGCUGUUACAUUUUUGGUUCAAAUGAGUUUACAGGUUUGGUCCCUAAACCUCUCAAUCACUCAGACUAACAUUUAAAAAAACUGAACUCAAGUGCUAUGUUCCACAAGGAUAUAAGCAAUUGAUAGGAAGCUGAUCUGAGCCCAUACUGUAAUGGAGAAAUAACGUAAUCACUGCAUGCAUAUUCAUACAAAAAUAUUUACCUCAUUAGUAUUUCAAAACAUCCCUGCAAACAUCAAAAGAUCCUUGUCUUACAUAGACUCUCAUUUUCCUUAAAAUCCAAGUAAGCUUCUUGCCUUGGGACAGAAGAGAUUUGAAAAAAAGACACAGACAAAAUGUUUCCCUAUUUGCUGAUAGUUUCUUUCCUCUACUCCCUUCUCCAGUGGCCCCAUUUCCUAUCCCUUAAAUUGUAUCAUCUCCAUACCAAAUCUCCAGGCAGGGCUGAGCAGUGCAGGAGCAGGAGCUUCUACAACUUGGGGACCUAAACCCCAGUGUAGCCUGUCCCUGCCUCUGUCCCUCUCUCCUCUGCACACAGGUGGGAGCCCCAACCAAUUCUUUGGCACAGAAAUUAUUUGCAACAAUUAGCCAACUACUUGCGCCUCACCUGACCCAACAACUGAUUCCAGUGUUGUCUGCACAAGCAUUGCUCACUAUCCAGCAUCCUAGACCCAAUGUCCCAGCAUAAUGCUCUAGAACCCACAGUCCCCCCGUGCUGCUGAGAAGGACCACCCUGAAACAUGCGGGGGCAAACCCACUACUCUUAUUUACACUGAAUUAGGGCUCAGGUAAUAGCAGAUUUCUUUAUAACAGUUGAGCACCAGAGAGGGUGACUGUCAGUUUAAAGGUGUCUUUUGACCACAAUACAGUACAUGCUCCGCAUUCAGACAGAGCCCUCAAUUUGGUUGCUUCCCCAUCAGCAACACCUGCUGCUUUAGUCAGCACAUUCCUGAUGGCAACAAGGGGCUUCAAAGAAGGCAUCUUUGCUUGAAUGCUCCAUGGUUAAUGGAUGACAAUUCUGGAAGGCAGAGACACAGGGAAGAGGAAAGAAAAGAGGAAAGAAAGGGGGGCAGUGGGGCUGAGAGCACCUUUGGGGCACCCCAAAGGAGGCUGCAGUGCUGCUGGUACAUCUGGCACGGCCACCUCAGAGCCCCAUCCCAGCCAGCAGCCCCAAGGGCAGGAGUGUGGCUUCAGGCCCCAGGGAAGCUGCCCAUCCAGGUGUGCUACAACUGCUAGAGUGGGAGGUUUUCUGUAUCACUCAAGGUAAAACAUCAGAAUGCCAGCACCAAAUUUAUUUCCUUGGGAGUUUCUGUAGGUGGCUUUACAAACCAGAGUGCCCUCUGCAGUCUGUGACAUUUUAAAUGAGACCUUGCCUUUGGUACCCCAUUUUAGGCUCAAAAUACUCCUGUUAUUUAAAAAGGAAACAAACUCCAUCCUAGCUUACCUGUUGGACAGGCUGUCAGUAACCACCUAAAAGGGAGUGUGCCAUGGAAUGUACUGGGUACAGCAUCUGCUUUAGUUGGAUUGAUUGGGAUGAGACAAUAUUAAAUAUUUUAUUCUCAGAAAUUCAGAUCCUAAUCAGAAACUGCUUCCUGAAUAUCUAUGGCAUUGAAUUUUAUCCUUUUCUCUUUUUUUAAAUAGCAUUCUAGUAUAACACUGUGUAGCUAAAUAGUUGUACGCUAUUCUCAGUCCAAGAACUGCAAAUGAUACAGUAUCCAUCAUUGGGAAUGUUGAUAUUCAAAUUACACAACACAAACAUUCUUCCAAAGACUAACAGUUGCGAGGUCUGUUGACAGUGACUGAAGUGGUUAGGUACAGCUGACAACAAGAUAAUUCAGGUGAGCUUUGAGGAUCCUCUCCAGAGGAUCUCUGCCCUCUUCUCCCCAGCAGAAGGUCCCUGUACAAUCACCGUGGCUGAUAUCCAACAGCAGCAGCUCCAUCCAGGGGGACCAGCGGCCUCUGGCAGGUAGAAAAUGGCACUGUGUACUUGUAAUGAUUACAAUGAUCACUCUUAGAGUCAAAAUGCAAGGGUUUGUUUUGGUUUAAUCAUUCUCAGACUGCACCUUUGAUUUACUAACGUGGCAUAAAAGGAGUUUGGUCACUUGGGAGGGAUGGAAAGUGAGAGGAGCUGACGGGCUCUGUUCAAAUGGAAGCACGGGCUUUCUGCAAAGGUAAGCAAAUUAGCACCAUGUAGCAAACCAAGGGCUGUGCCCGAGGUCAAAUGCUGUUGCUGUUCACACAUAAUCCUCACUCUCGCAGUAAGUCACUUCAUUUGGUUGUAGGAAGGUGCCCUCUGCACUGAUAUUCAGGAAAACUGUCAGAGAUUCCAGGUGAAUAGCUUACAAGCAGUCAAAUCUAGCAUUUAAUGUAAAAGCUUUGCACAGCAAGACAAGUUUGUAGAAAAAAAAAAUUCAAGCCAAUCUCACCCAAGAUAAAGACUGUUUUAUAUUACUGAAGGUAGGUCACAUCCCGUAACGAUAAUAAUCCAAGAAUAGUUUUUGGUACCACACAAUCCAGCUGGCUGAGUCAAACAUAACCACGCGUGAAAACCAACACUGAAGAUUCCUGGGUACUGACAGCUCCCACCAAUGCAUUCACACUUUUGGUUACUCAACAAACGGGAUACCUGUCAUUUCAGUUAGCAGCAUACAGAGGAAUUGCUCCAAUCCCGGGCACUACACGCAGCACUGCUUCUGAGGCUCGUUCCAGUGUGGAAAAGAGAGGUUGUGACUGGUGCCACAUACAGUCAGCGAGAGGCAGAGGAGCGCAAAGGGAGCCUAUGCCACCAACAGAGCACAACCACCGAGUUUAUCUGUAAGAUCACCAUCUCACUUCCCUUUCAGAAAGUGCCUUGUUUAUUUAGUUUUUAAUGGUAUGGCAUAAGGACUCGUGUAUUUUAUAGAUAGAUACCAAACUGGUAUUA